AUGGCCAUUAGUUUAUCUGCCUUUUCAGCCAUGAUUUCAGGAUCAUUCAUUCGCUAUCGAGACAUACCCAUUGUCAGAGCAAAUAACAGAAAUCUCAGUUAUGUCCUCCUGGUUUCUUUAAUACUCUGUUUCUUUUGCUCACUGAUAUUCAUUGGCCAACCUAGAACAGUCACUUGUGUCUUGAGACAAAUGAUUUUGGGGGUUGUAUUUUCUAUUGCCAUUUCUGCUAUCUUGGCAAAGACCUUCAUUGUGGUUGUGGCCUUCAAAGCCAUCAAACCAGGAAGCACCUUACACAUGUGGAUGGUGACCCGACUCUCAAAUGCUAUAGUCUGCUGUGGUUCCAUCAUUCAAGUGUGCAUCUGUGCAAUCUGGCUGGGAACAUAUCCUCCCUUCCCUGACAUUGACAUGCAGUCAGAGCAUGGGCAAAUCAUCCUCUUGUGUAAUGAGGGGUCCACCCUCGCUUUCUAUUGUGUUCUGGGGUACUUGGGCUUUCUGGCCAGCCUUAGCCUGCUUAUUGCUUUUUUGGCUAGAAGACUACCGGACAACUUCAAUGAGGCAAAAACAAUCACAUUCAGUAUGAUGGUUUUCUGUAGUGUGUGGAUUUCUUUUAUACCCACUUACCUGAGCUCCACAGGCAAAACAAUGGUUGCUGUGGAAAUCUUUUCAAUUUUGGCUUCCAGUGCUGGUUUACUGGGUUGUAUGUUUCUUCCCAAAUGCUAUGUGAUCCUACUGAGGUCAGGUGUCCAUACCAGAAAGAAGUUCUUUAAAUUAAUUAUUUAA